GUCGGGAUCACAUCACAUCACAUUUCUUAUGAAUCUACUAAUAACUUAUUUUCAUGUAGCAGCAGUCCCAUUCUAAUUUCGACGUCGUUAAAAGUUCCCUGGCUUAUUGUUAAUUGACCACUGUGGACGCAAAUAAACGCUAUAGGACGGGAUGCAGUGAAGUCAAAGUCGAAAAAAAAAACAAACCAUCAAAGCCGUGUACCUGCGGCGAAUAUCGGUGCAAUUUCCAAUAUGUUCGAGACGUGUUCGAUCAAUCGGCCGACGAAAUUCAAGAGGAUCACAUAAACGAACUUUCGAUUUGUACGAACAAAGUGUCACCAUGCCAGUAGUUCCACUAGAAAGAUUGCCUUUGCCCAGCUUGAGGGUGUACUCGUUCGUUAGUGUUGUGGCACUCUCGGCCUGUACCUACUACGCUGCUCAGAUCAUAAAGGAGCCCAACUGGAACUACCCGGGUGAUUUUGACAAAAACGAUGAUAAUUUCGAAAACCGUAACGGGACUGAUUCCGAUGGAAGAACGGUCAGCCAGUUUGUAUCGGAUAUUUUUACUGUAAUGACGAGAGAACCUGUGUGUGUUUGGACGAUGAUAAACAUGGCUUUCUGCUGGUUCAUCCUGCUGGGCAGGGCCGUCCAGAAGCUGGUCUUCGGCGAUCUCCGCGUGUCCGAGCAACAGCAGCUCAGAGACAAAUUUUGGAAUUUCGUUUUCUACAAGUUCAUCUUCGUCUUCGGCAUCAUCAACGUUCAAUACAUUGACGAAGUGCUGCUGUGGUGCUCGUGGUUCUCCUUGCUGGGUUUCCUGCACCUUCUCUCCCAAUUGAGCAAAGAUCGAUUCGAAUAUUUGUCGUUUUCUCCUCGUACGCCGUUUUGGAGUCACGUGAAACUGAUGGCUCUGCUUGCGGCGAUAUUCGCUCUAUCCGGAUUCAUGUUUGUCGUUUCAAUUUUUGUUGGAUUCUUCGGCGGACUGAACACGUUCUUUUUCAUGUUUUAUGAAGUACUUUUAUUGGCCAUUCGUACUCUUCACGUGAUAAUUCGUUACGCUUUUCACUUAUACGACGUGAGAAACGAAACUACUCCACCUACAGCUACUGACGAUAACAGAACGUUGGAUAAGCGAGGACCCGUUUCCUACUACGUCGAAUUAACUUUCGAUCUAACUGCUUUGAUAAUCGACCUAAUCCACCAUCUUCACAUGCUGUUGUGGAGCAACAUUUUCUUAUCGAUGGCCAGUUUGGUUAUUUGUAUGCAAUUGAGAUUUCUAUUCCACGAAAUUCAAAGGAAAUACAAGAAGCAUAGGAAUUAUUUGUGGGUGAGAAAUCAUUUGGAACAGAACUAUCCGAUGGCCACCAAAGCGGAGUUGCAGGAGAAUUCCGAUAACUGCGCUAUUUGCUGGGAGAAUAUGGACGCUGCCAGGAAGCUACCGUGCGGUCAUUUAUUCCACAAUACGUGUCUCUUAUCUUGGCUAGAACAAGACACGUCGUGUCCCACUUGCAGAAUGACUUUGAACAUUCAAAAUCCUUCUGUUGCCAACAUGGAACCUCCGGAGCUUCAAACCGACCCACAAGAAAAUACAAGGCGACCGUUUAAUCACUUUUUCCACUUCGAUGGCUCCAGAUACGUAUCGUGGUUACCGAGUUUCUCGGUGGAAGUCAGCCACGUACAGGCCAUACGACAGAACCACAUGGCGACGAAUUCCCAGCUGGACGCCAUGGCUAGGCAGGUACAAACGUUGUUUCCGCACAUUCCACUGUCGACGAUCAUAGAGGACCUGAGAGUGACGCGAUCGGUCGAAUUGACCGUCGAGAACGUUCUGGACGGUCGAUUGAUCGCGCCGCCGAUGUUCAGAGAUUUGGACAUCGACUGGACGCCCGACAGGAACACGUUCACACUCAAUUCCGAACCGGAGCCGAGCGCGCGAAACUGGGACGAAUACAACACUGAAAACGUUGAGACUGAAGAUACGGCGGCAUUGGGAAGCCGGUUUUCCAAAUCGUCGACGGAGCGGGAGAAGAUCCUUCACAAGCGCAAGGAGCACAUGAUAAAGCAGGCCAGAAAGCGGUACAUCGAGAAGCAGAAAGCGGCCGCGGUCGUGGCCAAAUCGGAACUCCAAAGUUGAACGGCGUUCGAAUGAAGCGAGCAAGCAAAAUUGUUGAUUUUAAGUGAAAUUGAGGCGAAUGUCGCCGUGUUAGGGAAUUUUUCGGCCAAUCAGAAGUGCUGUACUGUUUUUUAUGUGCCGAGGUAUUGGCAGGAUGGUCGAACAAUUCAAUUGUAGUGGAGUAAUUUUUAACCCGACACACUGGUUGCUGAUCCGGUAAUAUAAUCGACCAUCUUGUGAAUACUGUGGAUUUUAUAAAUAGAGUUAACGCUUUCUUUUAUAGAGAAUUAAGAAUUUCAAUAUUAAAUACAACACUCAAGCGUUCGGCUCAAUUAGAGAAGAGAUAUUUAUGUACAUCAAGAUAUAUUUUUUACUCUCGUAGGCGUCCCCGGGGAAUUCCCAAUUUAUAUUAUAGGUCGCGUGCGUGUACGUUAAUCAUGAAUACAAUGUGUAAAUAUACCGUUUGUUGCCCAAAUGUGUAACCUAUUCCCUUGCGUGUAAAAAUAAAGCACUUAAUUUUUAUAUUUAUUUAUUUACUUGGCGCGAAUGUUGAAAAUAAUGUUUGUUAGUUGCUCAGUUUCUCGUGUUUUUUUUUCUAAAAUAAAUUUACAAAUUUAAAAUUUGGACUUGACUGUCAGCGGGUACGAAAAAUGGAAAUAAUGCAAUUAAUUCUUAAAUGUUAUUGUGAUGCUUCAUGUCUUUUUUAGGAUUCCCAUGAAGUCGUUUAUCUUAACUGUUCUUGACUUAGAUUGUUAAUUUAUCUAUAAAUCAGUAUUGUGACUGAAGGAAAUGAUGUGUUCGAGUUUAUUAAUUCUUAAAUUUGUAAUAUAUUCUACCGUUUUUAUUAUUUGACAAGGACAUUUUUGUAUAACAGUACCUACUGUCUUACCACUCACAGUCGAUAACUUCAUUGGAUCCUAAACAAUGACGAAAAGUUUCUAAUUCCUUAAUUUUUUUAGUAGUGAUAAUGCAAAUGUGAUAGAACUCGAGGUUUUUAACAAGCGAGUAGCAAAGCUGAAUCUAGUACUUUAAGUUUUAAAAAGUUUUUGUUAAUUCUUGUUUUUUUCGUUGUAAAUAUAUUAAAGGUUGAACAAAAUGAGAUCAUGUCGCAUUUUUGUUAAUGAACGGUUCAUAAGUAAUUGAAGAAAAUUGAUAACAGAAAUAUAAGAGCAUAGUGUAAAGUUUUUUAUUCGAAACAUUCUUCACGAUACAUAGGUAUUGUAGUGAUAAUGAAGAAUGCUUUGAUAAUAGUUUUUUUAACUAAAAAUAUGGAUAGAAAAGUGAGGAAAAUUCACUUUUGGGAAGUGCUAGGUACAAUAUAUUUUCUUCGAGCCUAAGGGAAAUAAGCUUAUUAAAAUAUAAUAAUGUUUUAUACAGAUAUAUGUCACAGUGUUCCUACUCCACAGAAUAUUUUUAUAUUUCCCCUUCAACGCUCGCAGAAAAAAUAUCGAACAAUUUAGAAUUAUUUAACGAUAAUUGUCUAAAACUUUCGCACCUAAUUGGAAACACCCUAUAAUUAUUAGCGAAUAAAAUCGACUUCGAAAUUGUUGCUCAUCUGUACAAAAUUUAGUUCUCUAGAAUUCGAUUUUGUUUAAUUAUUAGAAAAAUUGUUCUCUAAUUUCGACACUAAUUCCUGUACAUUAGACUUUCUAGACACAAUUUUUCGAUAUAGAAAAAUCGUAAUUGCCAUGCAAAUAUGAAUGUGUGCCAGAUACUGACGGCCAAAUUUUUGUGUAACUUGUACAAUUCUCUUAGCUUUAAUUACUUACCUUUAAUAAUACGCUACAAAAUUGUAGAUAUAC